AAAAGACGUGAACAUGGGCGAUAUUGACUUUAAAAUGAAGUUCAAAAGUCUGAAAAGGCUGGCUAAGGAGUACAUAUUUACAAAUGCUGCUAUUCGAGAUGAAAUUGAAAGGGUGAAUGAAAAAAUCAGCCGAACAAAAGAAGAAAAAGUAUAUCUACUAGCAAGACUGUUACAGCUGGAGACACAUCUCAACUCUUUACAGAAGUCGACUGCAGCAUUACACAAGAAAAAAAAAUUGAAAUUAAAAAAUAAUAAUGACGCAAGCUGUGUUAGCAAUGAAGACGAUGACGACAGCCACCUGCUUGACGCUUACAAGCCUGCAACACAGAAGACACCAAAGUCAGGAUCCGAUCAGACGGUGGCUAGGCGAGCUACCCUGGCUCCUCUCGACUCUUCGGGUCGACCCAUCUUUCCCAUCGAGCUGGGCUCUCUAACUGUUUUCUCAAUUGGAGAAAUCAAUCCCUCUAUGAAGUACCACUGCCCGGAAUGUAUCUACCCGGUUGGCUACUGUAGCACUCGCCUCUAUCUCUCCAUUGACCUGCACUCCAUCACAACUCUCUACACAUGUAGAGUUACAGAUGAUGGACUGCAGCCGAGAUUUGAAAUAAUCAUCGAAGAUGACGGCCAGACGUUUGUCGGUUCAAAUCCAGACAUCUGCCACAAGGAACUUCUUGAUGCCAUCAAUUCAGUCAGAGGCCCCAAAACAGUCCCAACAGUUCCAAACGGUGCUAAAUUCUUCGGCCUAACUCACCCCACCCUGCAAAACCUGAUUCAGUGCUUUCCCGGUGCACGAAAAUGUCCUAAUUAUAAGUGGGUCAGGUUCGAGGUCACCAAAGAUCAAAACGAAAUUUUCAUCGAACAGGACCCUAGCGUUAAUUAUUCUUUACUAGAUUCGAAUAGCUUGAACUUUUGCUAAUUUUUUGUAUAAAUAAACAUUGUUUCUUUUAUUUUUUUUUUCAAAUUUCAAAUUCUUGGACGAGUAAGAUUUUUUAUCAAAGUUUUAAAAAUAAAAUAAAUUAGAGUUCAAAGUAAAGACGUUUAUAAGAAAAUGUAAAUUGCAACUCGU